CAGUCGUGAAACGGGCUCAGGGGCCAACUUCCGGAUUCAGUGCCAACCAUACAAAUUCAUUUUACUUCCACAGUCAAUACUCAUUCAAGAUCAGUCAAACCACCCUGCACUGCUUCGCAGGACGCCGAACUGAAACCUGGCGGCGGCUAAGGGGAUGCGGGGAAACGCCCCGGUCAUAUAAAUGGUGACAGCGCGUUAUCGCCCACCCCAGGGAUCUAUCUCUUACCAUGUCUCAAAUCGGUAUUCUCUACAAGCCUGAACAGGCUUCCAAGCCAAAAUACGCGUCCGUGCAUGAUCUGCAGCUGGAAGAGCGAGGCAUCCGCUACGUGCGUGUGCAAUGGGUCGACCUGGUCAACACCGUGCGCUUCCGUAUCCUCCCCGCCUCGUACUUCACCAGACUCUUCGAAACCGCGAGACCCGGAGUCUGUCUGUCGAAGGUCACGCUCGGAUUGGUGGGGGUCAACAUGGCGGAGGGGUUCAGCGGGACAGGCGAACACCUGUACGUGGUCGACCUCAACAGUUUCCGCCUGAGCCCCUACGCGCCCGGGCAUGCGGUCCUGAUGGGCUGGUUCCAGGAGAAGACGCCGCUCCCGAAUGGCAGCUUGGCCACUCCACUGUGCCCGCGGACGCUGCUGAAGAACAUUGUGAACGAGGCGCAGACCAAUGCCGGGCUCUCCUUCCUUGCUGGGUUCGAGUCCGAGUUCAUCCUUCUGAGCGCGACAUCGCCGAAGCCUGUGACGCUUAAUAACGCCGGCUGGUCGUGUGCAGCCAAGUUCCGCACGGGCACUGUAGAGAACACCGUGCUGCAGGAGAUAGCAGACAAUCUGCAGGAUGCAGGACUCGAGCUGCAGAUGAUACACGCGGAGUCGGCUCCUGGACAGUUCGAAGUUGUGACUGGUCCGUUGUCUCCGCUCGAGGCGGCCGAUGCGGUGGUGCACACCCGGGAAACCAUAUACAACGUUGCUAGCAAGUACGGUCUCCGCGCGACAUUCGCUCCGCGACUGCACGCUGAUAAUUGUGGAAACGGCGCGCAUGUGCACUUCUCCGUCCACUCAAGCAGGCCUCCGACGUCCGGCACACGACGCGACGCGGCUCUCGCGCCGACACUCACCGCUACUGAGCGUUCGUUCCUCCAAGGCAUCCUCGAGCACCUACCCGCACUCUGCGCGCUGACGCUCCCCACCUCGGCGUCCUACGCUCGCAUGGCUGACGGGAUUUGGUCCGGCGGGACUUACUCCUCGUGGGGUCUGGACAAUAAAGACACGCCGAUCCGGCUGUGUGGCUCGCAGGGUGCACAUCAUUUCGAGAUGAAGACGGCUGACGGCACGUCGAACCCGUAUCUCGUCCUCGCGGGAACGCUGGCCGCGGGCCUGCGCGGCGUGCUGACGGGGGCCGAGCUCAAGUCGGGUGAUUGCGCGAAGCCAGUCGCGUUCAUGAGCGAGGAUGAGAGGAAGGCAGUCGGCUUGGAGAACCCCCUGCGGCUGCCGCGGACCGUGGGCGACGCGAGAGAGAGGUUGCAGGAAGACGAGCAACUGAGGGAGAUGCUGGGCGACGAGUUCGUGACGAAGUAUGUAGCUGUGAACAAGGUGUUGGAGAAGUUCUUGAAACUGCCCAGCGAAGAAGAGACGAUCACGCAUCUGGUGGAGUACUAUUAGGAGUUCCAUCCAGUGAGGUAGCCCUUCACACGUUACACUGCUAAACAACAUCUGUCUUCACCAAACGGCUGUCGAAAUUGGCACGAGUUAGUCGUCGCACACACUAAUAGCGCUC